AUGUCCGUGCCAAUGACCAAUCAAAUUACCAAAACAAGUAAAAUCUUAAGCAGGUUUAUAAUUGCCAUCUUGUGUGCAAUAGCAUCUGUAUUAUUAAUUAUAUUAGAUCCCAUCCACUCAAUAGUUAAUUACAAUUUACGCCUGGAGACCGGUUCUGCACUCUAUAACUUACUAAGACAUGACAUCAAAGCAGCUCGUCUAUCUUUAUUUAUGUUCAACAUCACCAAUGCGGAGAAGUUUAUGUCUGGAGAAGACAAAAAGAUGAAAGUGAAAGAAGUCGGCCCUUUUGUCUACCAAGAAUACCGUUGGUUUGAAGACAUGGAGAUGAACGACAACGGUACAGAGAUGGGAAUGACACCCAAGAUGAGGUCCGAAUUUUUGCCAGAUGAAUCCAUAGGUGAUCCUAAAAACAUCAACCUAACUUUCCUUAACUUGCCACUGCUCACCACAACAUCUUUACUGUCACCGUAUCCGAGUUUCAUUCGCUUUAUGUUCAGCGCAAUGACUUCCCAAAUGAAGUCCAAAGCCAUAAUUAACAUGGAUGUGCAUAGCCUCAUGUGGGGCUACGAGAAUCCCAUAAUUACGCUGUGUAACAAACUAAUAUCUGGUCUAAUUUACUUUGAUAGGAUAGGUUUCCUUGACAGGUUCUACGAUAAAGAAUCGGACUAUAGAAUAGUUGUAGGAGCAACUAAACAGGAUAGGUUUAAAAUCAAAUCCGUGACGAAAUACCGUCAUUUGCAACAAGGAAGCAUGAACGAUCUUGAAGUGAGUGAACUAACCUUCCCGGAUACCUAUGAGGGCAUCGGCUACCCGCCAGAACUGACACCGGAGGUGCCGAUCCAUUGGUACAGGCUCUCAAUCUGCUGGACCUUCGCAUUGCAAUAUAAAGGGUCGAAAACUACGGAGUACGGUGGAGAGGGACUGCAGUACACGCUCAGUAACAGUAGUUUUAUUAAUGAGACGAAUCCCGCUACCAAAAAAACUUUUCCGAAAGGAAUAAUGGAUAUCUCUAAAUGCUAUUAUGGUAUGCCAUUCGUUGCCUCCUACCCUCAUUUCUUGGAUGGAGAUCCCAAACUGUUAGAGGCUGUCGACGGAUUGAUGCCUGAUAGAAAAAAGUACCCUAAUGAUAUAAUCAUAGACCGUAGAGCCGGUAUACCUUUCUACACGAAAUUAUCGCUGCAGCUCAACAUAGCAAUUGAUGAUGUAAGCUACAGUAUGGAAGCGCGCAGGUUUUCCAAUAAAAUCCUGCCUGUGCUUCGACUAGAAGUUGUAAGUUGA